GAUCAUCGCCUUCACCACUGAGAAGUGCCGACGCUUCUUGGUGCAACAGCUCAUCGAGGACAUGUUCAAUAAGGUCAAGCGCCGCACCGACAUGAAGAAGAAUAACGUAUGUACUGCUCACUGCGCGAUGGGCGUCGUGUUGGACAAGAAGGUAGUUGAGCAGACCCACCGCUACGACGCCGUCCAGAAGUCGACUGCCAUGGCCACCCAGCGGGACAGCAGGUUUGAGCCUCACUCGUUCAAUCCAGUUUUCCAGAAGACGUCCCUGCACAGUGGUUUGAAAAAGCUGGACCUCACGGGGAUCGCGUCCUUCAAGGACACGAGCUGGUAUUCGCCAGGCGCAACUGGCCAUUGGCAAUCGUAUUGCGAUAUCGAGUUGUGCCGUCAAGCUGACGCCCAGAACCGACUUGGCAUGAUGGACCGCAAGUUCCUGUGCAGGCUGAUCAAUAACGAGCUUAUCUUCAGGCGCAGGGGCACUGUGGACUGGAUGAUUGGGGUCGGCACGGUAUGCGGUACCCUGGCUGUUGCUUUGCCUGUGCAGGAGGUGGCUCCGAGAGUGUACAAGCUCAUCCCCGAUAGCGCGAGGAGGCUCUACGCGAUAUUAGAUGCAUCGGAGUGGGAGGCGCUGCCCUUCCGCUGGAGCUCGCCCAUCCGCCAGGCCAUCAAGGCUGAGCUGCGGAGUCUGGGGGUGGCCGCCACGUCCGAGGCAUAUUCGACGAAGGAGGUCGUGCUCAAGGAUGCGACGAAGUACAGCGACUUCACCGCCCUCGCCGAGGGCGUGGGGGAGCCGAAGGCCUUGUUGGUAUGCGCGGCUCUCCAGGGGUUCUGGGAUUUGCCCUUGUCUGUGCUGCGCGAGAUCGCGACCAUGCUCGACGUUGACAUCAAGGAGUGCAGCAUCAUCGGGGUGCUGGAGGCCUUGGGGUGGAAGCUCAUCCCGAAUUGCACGCAGCAGAAGAUUAUCGACAUGAUGCACAUGCGCCACCUCGCGUACGAGCGGUCGGAGGAGUCCCUCGACGACCUCGUCGAGAGCGAGUGGGUGACCCACCACUUCGACAAGGACACCGCCGAGUACGUGAUGAGCGAGAUCAAGGCGGCAAAGGAGAGCAUCGCCCAUCGGGCGAACUAUCGGAAGGACCUCAGCAAGUUCAAG